CAGUCGUGCAAUGCUCCCAAGACUUAUAGGGUGGUUGUAGACCCUAAAUUUCAUCCCAGCACCCUUGAAAAAUAAUAACAGAUGCAAAUGCCCAACCAGAUCUUUUUUUUUCUUUAUGGUGAGAAAAGAAUGGCUAAAAGCGCAGGAGAGAGCUGAGCUCACCGAGAGGCUUCCAGAGCGCCAGCAUGUCUCUGUACCGCAACUCCGCCUGGUUCGUGAAGGGACUGACCGAGUUCACCAGGAAUGCCUUCCUGUCGGCCUCCAAGAGGUUCGUUGAGAAGGACCUGGAGGUGACCGUGGCCGGUCGUGCCUUCAUGAUAACAGGAGCCAACAGUGGCAUUGGGAAAGCCACUGCCAUGGCUAUCGCAAAGAAAGGUGGAACUGUCCACAUGGUGUGCAGGAACAAGGAUAAGGCCGAGGAGGCGAGGGCUGACAUCGUCAAGGAGUCAGGAAACAAAGAGGUCUACGUCCACAUCCUGGACCUGUCGGAGACUAAGAAGGUCUGGGAGUUUGCUGAGGGCUUCAAGAGAAAGUUCAAGGCCCUCAAUGUCCUGAUCAAUAACGCCGGCGCCAUCAUGAGUCAGAGGGAGGUGAACACUGAGGGACUGGAGAAGAGUUUCGCCACGAACGUCCUCGGUGUUUACAUCCUCACCAAGAGUCUCAUCCCUCUGCUGGAGAAGAGUGCAGAUCCCAGAGUGAUCACGGUUUCAUCAGGAGGGAUGCUGGUGCAGAAACUGCGGACGGGAAAUCUGCAGUCUGACAGAGGUCGCUUUGAUGGCACCAUGGUCUACGCCCAGCACAAGAGGCAGCAGGUGGUGUUGACAGAGCAGCUGGCUAAGACUCACUCUACCAUCCACUUCUCCGUCAUGCAUCCUGGCUGGGUCGACACUCCAGCCGUGGCCAACGCCAUGCCUGACUUCCACAGCUCUAUGAAGGAGAGCCUGCGGGCCCCGGAGCAGGGCGCUGACACCGUGGUGUGGCUGGCUGUUUCUGAGGCUGCAACCAAAAACCCCAGUGGACAGUUCUUCCAGGACAGGAAGAUCGUGUCCUCUCACCUGCCGCUAGCCUGGACCCGCAGCUCCCCUCUGGAGGAGCAGAAGUUAAUGUCUCUGCUGGAAGACCUCGCCAAGACAUUUCAGCCUCACUGAGACUCCAGGAAGACUUCUAACAGAACACCAACAACACUAACAACAUCCGGGUACCGACGGAGGCUGGGCUCAAUGUAUCAUCCCCUUGAUGAUGAAAAGAUGUGGGUCCGUUUUAUCCUGGGUAUUUGGAGUUUAACACAACCUGAGGCUUAAAAUGAGACUGAUACAGAGACACACUGUGAGUUAAGAUGCCUGAUUAGGAAGAUUUGUAACGCUGCGUAACUGUGUGCUUGAUAACAGAAGAGCUCAGCUUUAUGAGGACUAAACAUGUCGCUGUAUGAGUGUUUGAUAGUGAUGCUGCCUUUCAGUGAGCUCUCACAGGAUGCUAGUAGAGAGAGCACCUUCACACACAUCAGUCUGUUAUAGUGACUUUAAGGAAGUUGUCAAUCAGAUGGGAAUCUGAUGGGACCAAAGUCACCACUACACACUGCAUUAUUAACACCAGCUGCAGGCUCAAUCGAAGGAUACCUUGUUUUUUAGAAGGAGAGUCAAAUUUAAGACUAACAAGUGUAAAGCACAUUUUCUCUUUCUACUUCCAUGCUAUUAUGACUUCAUUACAUCCAUAUCUAGUACUAAACACCUGAAAAACAUCAAGUAAAUGCAUGCACACUGGAGGAAACAGUGUUGGUGAAAUAAGUUUAGUAAAGAAGAAGAACACCUCUCACAUCUAUGUCAUAAGUCAGGCGAGUGGGAGAGGAAUGAGUCCAUAAAAAUUGCCAUCAAACUCCCGCACACACGCUAACUUGCAAAAGAGAAAACAUUUAUUGGCAGCUGUACUACGCCUUCAUCCGGCAAACCCAGCCUGAUGGAGGUGGAGUGCCAAAAUGUGGAUGAUGAAUGUAUUCGCCUGCAAGUUAAACUGUUUGCUAAAUCAGUGCAACACACAUACAUAGAAGUUAUGGUCUAGAGCCAAUACUAAGUUAUGUUUGUGGAGCUUAAAUCCACACAUUGUUAGCAUGUAACUGUUCUUUGUCAGCUUUCACAUGUCAGUAUGUCAGAGCUGGGCUGUAAGGAGCCUGAUAGUGGUUCAUUUUUUGCUUGUUGUACAUCUUUAACGAGGACUUUGUUUGCAUGUGCUUUGUCGUCCGUCAGAUGUCAUUUAAAUAUAAUCCGAUUAGUAUUUUUACAACUUACAUCCAUCAAUUUCUUUAACUGCGUUUGGAUGUUUAGUCAAAUCAUUCAAUCUUUUAGUUGAAGUCAUCAAACAGUUACCCGGCUGAUUCAAGCACAAAAACAUCCUGUUUAAUGUUUAAUAUCUGUUACAUUGAGAAACUUUGAAGUGGUGUGCGAAAGCAUUCAUUCAUUCAUUCAUUCAUUCAUGUUUGCCUGAAACUUAAAUGUGAGAGAUGUUCUGCAGCAGAUUGAGCUCAGGCUGGAGAUGAAUGCUCUCUGUGUUAGUGUGUUCAGCAGCAUCACUUGACAUGUGUUUAUGCCUGAAUAAUAUCUGCACUGCACCUUUAAAAAAAAAAAGCUCUGUACUGACUGUGACUUUGGCUGAAGUCUGUCUUGUAAAUGUCUGUUUUAAUAAAGA